UUAUCGUUCGGGGGGGGGGGUCGGGAAGAGAGGAAAGAGAAGCGAAGAGAGAGUGAGAGAGAUGGAAGGGAGGAGAAAGUAGUGGUCGCCGCCCUCCAGUUCGCUUGUUCCGACUCCGUUUCCGACAACGUCGCCACCGCCGAAAGGCUGAUUAGAGCUGCUCAUAAGAAAGGGGCAAACAUUAUUCUGAUUCAGGAACUAUUUGAAGGGUACUAUUUCUGCCAAGCUCAAAGGGCAGAUUUUUUUCAGCGCGCUAAACCUUAUAAAGGGCAUCCUACAAUUUUGAGGAUGCAAAAACUUGCAAAGGAGUUAGGCGUUGUGAUACCAGUGAGUUUCUUUGAGGAAGCAAACAAUGCUCAUUAUAAUUCAAUAGCCAUCAUUGAUGCAGAUGGGAUGGAUCUUGGAUUAUAUAGGAAUCACAUAUUCCAGAUGGACCAGGUUACCCAAGAAAAAUUCUAUUUCAAUCCAGGUGACACUGGUUUCAAGGUUUUCACAACUAAAUUUGCCAAAAUUGGGGUUGCAAUUUGUUGGGAUCAGUGGUUUCCAGAAGCCGCACGAGCUAUGGCUCUUCAAGGUGCAGAAAUAUUGUUGUAUCCUACUGCCAUUGGAUCUGAACCGCAAGAUAAAGGGCUUGACUCGCGCGAACAUUGGAAGCGAGUAAUGCAAGGACAUGCUGGAGCUAAUUUGGUUCCUCUUGUAGCUUCCAACCGGGUUGGAAAGGAGACGAUCAAAACAGAACAUGGUGAGAGUGUGAUCACAUUCUAUGGCAAUUCUUUCAUAGCAGGACCAAGUGGAGAAAUAAUGGCGCUUGCAAAUGAUAAAGAUGAAGAUAUGCUGAUUGCGGAGUUUGACCUGGAAAAAAUCAAGACGCAGAGAUACAGUUGGGGGGUAUUUCGUGAUCGGCGACCAGACCUAUACAAGGUACUCUUGACAUUAGAUGGCAGCAAACCUUCUCUGUGAUGUUGAUGUGUUACAUGGCACUGAGGUUGAGAAUUUAGCUUUUCUCUCCAGAAUAAAUGUGUUGACAUGAUGUUAAAAAAGUAUUCAAGAUGAUGCAAAACUAUAUAAUAAACUUAAUUUUGUACCGCUAAAUUCCUUGCCUCUAGAAAUAAUUUUGCAGAAUUGAUGAAAAUAUUUGACGACUUUGGAUCUA